AUGAGUGCUCCGUUAAUCCCAAACAAGUCAUGUUAUGCCCAGCUUCAGGACAACCGCAGCGAAAUAAAAAAUAAUAAUGAAAGCAUAGUGAGUGUGGGGGAUACCAAUGCCAACCAAAUUGUGACAAAAGUUAGAACCACUGAAGGGGAUGUUAAGAAACGUGCUUUGACAGAUGAGAGUGGGAAUAUACACUCUGGAGGAUCAGAGAAAGCUACUCAUCUGAAUACAGAGCAGAAUAAACUUCUGACCUUCAGAGACACUCGGAGCUGUCACACCAGUGUACAGGAAAGUAAGCUGUCCUCCACCACAAGCAGGGAAAUGGGGAAAGAUGGUAGGACCAGCGAAGCUAAGAAUAUAUCAAGGCAUAUCAGGAUUAGCCGAGGACAAAGUCUGUCCAAUUUAAAAAGCAGCACAAAUGAUGCCAACCUGGAGGUUAGUUCCAAAGGCGAUGUUGACUUCACCCAGAACUUUUCGAAGGGUAAAAUGCCCAGGACUGUAGAGAUGGAGAGAAUAAAAAGGCUUUCUUUGGGAAGACCAAGUAAAUUUUCUCCUCAGUCUGAAACAUUUGCAAAAGACUGUGUUGGCCGCGUGUCGUGUAAACGUCUGCUUUCUGCAUCAUUGGACUCCAUUGACAGGUCACACCAUUUGAUAGGAAAUACAGAGAAAUCACAAAAAAGGUCCACAGAUCAUUUUCUUGGGAUGGUGUUUCAUCCACUUGACAAUACCUCAGAGGAAAAUAUUGUGUUUUAUUCCAAACCAUCUACCUCAGAGAACAAGAAAAUAAGUAAACCAGAAAAUGUACCAAAUGUUAAUGUUGAAAGCACACUGCAUACUUCUCAUUCUCAAUAUUCAACUGUUAAGCCCAAUGAGAUUGCUAGUAAGUCAGAAGCACAAUUAGGUCAGGGUGAUAAAAGUAAAAAACUGGAGCUUAAGACUGCACCAUCUCUACAAUCUAAAAGUACGUGUCAACAAAAGAUUGAGAGAAUUAUGCUGGUAGAGUUCCUGGGUUGUCAAGAAGAUGAAAAUACAGCAAUGCAGGAACAGAAAGGCUCUGAGUCUGACGCAUCAAAAUUUCAAGCAUCCCAAUUUCAAGACACCUGUAACAAAGUAGAGGGUCCAUUGUCAAGCCAGGUGGUAACCUAUCCUGAUGACAAAUUGCUAAGUGAUAACAUCACCACCAGUGGGGAAGGGAGAGGAAGCAAUGACAGUGACAAUGGGGCAACUAGCCAGAUUGGUGAGGAAUAUUUUACUGACAAAGAAGUGGAAACAAUAUUCCCACUCACCUGCGAUAGUAAAUCCAGUGGCAAAAUGACACCUAGAAAAAAUGAGAAUUUACAUGAAGUUGACGCAGGUUGCACUGAAACAGUUGGUGAAGAGAUAUCUCUUACACAUAACAUUAAUCUACCUGACAGCAAACCCUUGAAAGUUAAUGAGAAUAAACUGAUGCUAGUCAAAGGAAACACCGAGGAUGCUGCCGUGCCUGCUUCUGAUCUCUCGGAUCAGCACGGAGCGCCCGGUGCAGAGACAAUGUCAAACCAACAACCUGACAACCACAACAGUGAUUCGGAAACCUUGAGCUUUUCAGUUCAAAGUAAAAAGACAGCUAAUGCACAGAAACAUCCUCCAGAGGAAGCACCAGAGAGCUGUAACGUUUCGGCAAAGGCUGACGCCUUUUUAUGUGUCCCAACUCCUGUGCGCCCGGUGGCAACGCUGGAUAUUAAUAGUCAUCCCACGCUAUCAAACAGUAAUUUGAAGGACCUUUAUGCACUUCAUGUUGACAAACUGUCACCCUCCUCAGUCCUACCUCCCAUUGACAGUACGCAGUUGUUAAACAUAUCCCCUAAAGUGCCUAUCAAGACUGCUUGCAGCAGUGCCAUCCCAAAACCUAUCCUGGUCCACUCCAAGGGCUCCCUCGCAGAUAAGGCGGAUGUGGACAGUGACUGCAGUGAAAAGCUGGAAGAAAGCAUCGAGAUGAAACCUGCCAUACCCAGGCCCAAACCCGUGAGACCUAAAAUCAUCACAUACAUUAGGAGAAACCCUCGUUCGAUAGAGCAGCUUGACCCUUCAUUUGCGCCAGCGGGGCUGCCCUUCGGUAGCCCUGCGUGUGGCAUGCCCAUCUCUACGGAGCAGAACGCGUCCAACGGAGGGGAGGCAAAGCCCCCCAGCAUCCUGUAUGACAAAUUUAAACCUGACCUCCAGAAGCCAAGACUCUUCAGUUCUGGUCUGGUGGUGUCAGGAAUUAGGCCCCCAGGACAUCACUUCGGUCCAAUGAGCGAGAAGUUUCUGCAGGAGGUUGGGGAAAGGCCUGCGAAAGAUGAAUUUUGCCCUCCACCAUAUACUCACUACGAGGUCCCCCCAAGUUUUUAUCGAUCUGCCAUGAUACUCAAGCCACAGUUAGGACUGGGUGCAGUGUCCAGAUUACCGUCUGCAAAGAGCAGGAUUCUCAUUGCAAGUCAAAGAUCCUCAGGUAGCUGUCUCCAUCAGCAAGGAGAAAUAACGAGUGCUCCCAGCCUCUAUCAUCCUGAUGCGUCAGUUGAUCUUAAGAAAGGCUCAUGUCCAAGCGCUGCAAAAUCAAAUCUCCCCAAGCCCUGCCAGUCUGGACUUCGUCCUCCAGGUUAUUCACGGCUGCCAGCAGCUAAGCUGGCCACAUUUGGGUUUGUCAGGAGCUCAAGCGUAUCCUCUGUCUCCAGCAACCAGUCAAAUGACAGUGCUCAGAGUGAUCAAAGCAGGACAACCAACCGUUCCAGCUUUGGAAAUGAAGAGCAAACCACUCCUAAGGCAUCUGCACCUUCUAAAGACAUCCCCAAGGGGAGCAGCAAGAGCACGACGCAGGUAUCGAGCAGCACAGUGACUCCACGCAGGAGCUUACUUCCAGCACCAAAAACUGCCACCGCACCUGCUGGUCUGAAGAAAGAAGUACAAAAAGAUCAGGAUGCUAACAGACCAGCUGUCUCAUCUCCUAAGAGAUCAACGGUAACAGCCACCAAGCUCCAUUCACCAGGACAUCCCAAGCAAAGGCCAACCACCCCAAAGAAUGGAUUCUCCCCCAAACCAGGAGAGAGUCGAGACGCUGAAAAGCAGUUCGUCCAGAGAUUGAAGGAAAAGUGUGACGAGCAGUCCCAGCAAUUAAGCAAUAUUCGAGAUGAGCUUAAAAGGGCCAGCUGUGGCUUCAAUGUCUUUGCUAUAACAACACAGCACUUUUUCAGGCAGAAUGAAAAUGCCCUUGUGAAAAUAAAGGAGUUAGGAGUCGAGCUUGCAAAGAUCAGGGAUGAAGUUGCUCUCAAUGCAGCAAGAUGGAAGAAACUACAGAGCGAGAAGGAGGAGCUGGAGAGGCGCUUUGAGGAGGAGGUGAAGCAGCUUCGCAGGCAGCAGCAGGAGGAGCUGCAGGCGCUGGAGCAGCGGCUACAGGAGGAGUACAACACCAAGAGGGAGAGCCUGCAGGAACAGCACAGGCUACAGCUGGAGCAAGUAAAAUUGCAGCAUCAGGAUCAGGUGGAAGAUAUCACAGCUGUACACGAAGCUGCAAUGUUACAGUUGGAAAAUAACCACAUAGUCGCCAUUACAGUACUGCAGGAUGAGAAUGACUGCAAGAUUCAAGAACUGAAUACUGCUCACAAACUGGAAAAGGCACAAUUAGAAGAGAAUUUUGAAAAACUGCGGCUGUCACUCCAGGACCAGAUAGACACCCUCACCUUCCAGAACCAAUCUCUUAAGGCCAAAGCAGACCGAUUUGAAGAGGCUCUGAAGAAAAACACUGAGGAACAACUGAAGAUUGUACGAGCUCCAUAUCUGCACUUAGAAAAAGACCUGAAGAGCUUAAAACAUGUUCUGGAAAUGAAGAACCAUCAGAUUCACCAACAGGAGAAGCUGAUUAUGGAGCUAGAAAAACAGGCUGAAAAAAAUUUAAAACUGGAAGAAAAAAUCACCAUGCUGCAACAGCAGAACGAAGAACUCAGAGCCAGGAUUGAGCAAAAUACUGUUAUAACAAGGCAAUUGUCAGAGGAGAAUGCUAAUCUUCAAGAAUACGUUGAGAAAGAAGUGGAGGAGAAAAAGAAGCUGAGCAGGACUAAUGAAGAGCUCCUCUGGAAGCUGCAGGAGGGAGAUGCCGUGAGCCCUGUGAAACUCCCACCCACAUCGUCCACUUCUUUUUAUCGCUGCUCAUCAGGGAACUCCUCUCCAGCAAAAGUCAGAACCUUGCGGCGAUGA